GAGCUUUACUCAACUUUGAAAUGCACAGCGGGAGCAGGCUCAUCAAUCAGCGGUUAACAAUACUAUGGUAUAUAAUGCAAUUAAGUCUUCAGUUGUUGAUGUCAAUACUUUCGUACAGUGCUGUAUUUUGUAUGUCAUCGACAAGUUUUAGGAACAUAAGAAACACAAUGAAAACGAAAAAGUUAAUGGUUAACGGAAUAUACGUAUAUAAACAAAUGGAUUUCGCGCGAAAGUCAAAUAAUUCUAAGCAGUGGACAUGGCGGCAGAACGAUCACCGCCAGGUCCACUGCAAUUGAACCAGGUUWUCGGACGUUCUCUCAAUCCCUUGAAGAAAUGGUAUGCCUUGUCAAGCGACUGGUGCUACAGGAUAAGAGARUUUAUGAUUAGCGACUGGUAUGAGCUAUUAUCCGAGGACAUAGUCGAAGUCCGUAUAAGAGAACUAACAUGCAGCGAGGGAAGACGAGUUCCUCUAGAAUGGUUUGGCUCUGCCAGAAAGAAAGACUCGGUGGUUGUCGCUACUUUGUUUGGAAUUCUUGGGAGAGACAUGAGACGGAAAAAGCCUGGUGAAUCUACGUUCUUCAAGUCUUCUGAAUUCUUGCUUCUGAAAGAAAUGAUUAACGCGAUCUCUCUUCAUGGAAAAAUGGCGGGAAGCCAUCUUGAUCAAAGUCCUGAGGCGGGAAAAACUAUGUUCGAGAGUCCUGUUAGAAAUCCCAUCUACGAAACUCCCCCUUCCACUCCARAAGAACCAACAAGGCUUACAGAUCGUCCAAAGCUAAAAGACAUAUCGCAACAAUGCGAAGUUAUCGAGCAGUUGGACUUCAAUGUGGUUGGGCCUCGAAUAAGCAUCAAGCAAGCAAAAACUGCCUCAAAAGCCAUCAUCAACAAUAUGAAGAGUAUGACUACAAAUAAUGCCGCCUGUAUUGGAAAAAGUUUGGGGUACAGCUUUUUGUAUUCAGCUGAAGAAGACAAAUCAUUUGCAAGAGAAGUGGUUUCUUCUGCGAUYGCUGYUGUUGGUAAAAAACAAGGGAUAAAGAAUGCUUUCACAAGUAUAGUCGAUAGUGAUAUUCACUCUCAGUUCGUCAACGCUAUGAGGGUACCAGAUUGGUUACAACUUUAUGUAAAGUUAACCACUAAAUUACCAGACAAGUCAUGGCAAAGUGUCUUAAACUUUCUCAAUCUUGGUCGAAGUGGGAAAAAUAUUGAUGCAGGCAUCUUGCUAACCAGCAAUGAGAUGAAAGCCCAGAAAGAGCUUGUGUUCGAUGUAGUAAAAACUACAUUUGAUAUCCAGCCUGUAGUCCCUAAGGAGCUGAGAGGGUAUGGUGUAAGUCUUCCAAUGGUUCUAGCUUGGGCUAUAAGGGAAUCAAGGCUACACCAAGGUHCUGAACAUGCAGACACCCUUGAAUUCAAUCUUAAGCUUGAUGGAAGACCUCUGGCAGGACRAGAACAAGUUUCUGUUGGAAUAGUGCCCAUAUCAAGCCAUGGUGCUGACAGUGGCCAAAGUGCUCUUUCUGUUUAUCCACUAGCAAUUGCUAACUGUCAAGAAAAGAGGGAAGAAGUGACAAGUUUAAUUCAAAGGGUGAACAAAGAAAAGAACACAAUUAAGCAAGAGGGUCUCUAUGUUGAUGGUAGAAUGUWUAAAAUAAAGUUCAAAGUGACCAUUGAUUAUAAGGCUAUGCUCAUGUUAAUGGUAAAGAAGAAAGACUCCAACUUCGUAUUGGGUGGCCGUGGAGUUGAUGUUGAAUUUUGCAUCUUUUGUGCAGCAAAACGGGCUUGUUUGAAACACUGGAAUGGAGCUUUUGAUGAAGUAUGCACAGAAUGUUUGGCUUCUAAAGCCAAUAUUGGAAAGUAA